AUGCUCGUCCUCACCGUUUUCGCUGCUACCAUGGCGCUAGCCAUGGCCCAGGAUUGCUCUUCUCCAGCUGGAACUCGUGCUUCGUUUGGGGCAUACCUGCAGUGUAUCAAAGAGGGACUUGACGCAGAUUACGGAAACUAUGAAAACGAGAUCCGCGAGCACUCCAAGAAAGCCGCUACCGCUUGUUUCGCUUCAUCUAUCGAGGAAGGUAACCAAAAGGAUCGUUGCGUCUUGGCUGCCAGUGAUUUGUCUCACAAUGCUUGGGAUAAGAACGGUCCAUUGAGAGAGUGCUCCAUCUGCAGAACAUUCGCUGCUGGAGCCAUCAAGGCUAUCAAGGCUACCCCAGCUGAGGACCAAAAGUGUAUCAGAACUGAGGUUUCGAAGGCUAUCGCUCGCGAGGCUGCCUAUUGUCUUCAAAAGAAGAUUCCAAACUUCGCAGGAGUUCCAGAGAUUCCAGAUCUGGAGGAAGGAUCCUUCCAAUACAAAGACUCUGUCAUCUCCUCCAUCUCUGACCACAUCCUUAUCCAAUCUCGUCUUUCUUUCUGCGGAGAACGAAAGCCACAACGUGCCGCUUCCACCCGUGCUUGUCUCGCUAGUCCAUUUGUCGGAUAUUUGAGUGGACACUGCAAGGUUCUCGCCAGCUGCGAUGCCAAAUUCUCUGGACAAUGUGCCCAAACUAUCCCAGCCACUCGCAAGGCCACCUGUGAAUGCAUCACUGAAGCUAGAGAUGACUUGAAGAAGCGUAUUGGAUCUAUCGCCAACGUUUUCAAUGAUCUUCUCUCCGGUGGACGUGGACUUGCCAUCGGAUCCGCUAACAAAGUUGAUAUCUGCACUUCCCAGAUUAAGAAGCAAAUGGUUACUCCAGUUAAUGACUGGGUCAAUGUCAUUGAUACCGCUCUCUCCUCAUGCAUCCGUAACAAGCCAGCUGGACAGAAUCUCGCCAUGGAGGCUCUUCUCAAUGUUGGAUGCCGUAAAGUCAUUGCUGACACUACUGGAGCUGCCACUUCUCAACUCAAAACUGGGUUCGAUUUUGUCAACAAUUUGAUCGAUGCUAUGGUUCAACGCAGUGGACGCUUCUGUGGUGGAAGCUAUUGCCUUCAGGGAUAG